AGAGAUAACGAGUAUAUUCAAUCCGGAUACAGGUCGAUCUCAAGCUCAUACAAGCGAUCAAUUGGCAGCAUGCUCCAAAUCCACAACGAAACAGUGAAUAUCUUCUCCCACCUAAUCGGCUCUGUCCUCUUCUUCACGCUUCCAGUACCCGUAUACUACAUCCUCCAACCCCGAUACAGCACUGCCUCAACCGCCGACCUCAUUGUAUUUUCCACAUUCUUCUUCGGAGUGGCAAUAUGUUUUCUCCUAUCUGCUACCUUCCACAUCUUCAACAACCACAGCGAACGAAUCCACAUCGUCGGAAACCAGCUCGACUACCUCGGCAUCGUAAUCCUAAUGUGGGGCUCCACAAUCCCAUGCAUCUACUAUGGAUUUUUCUGCAACCCCUCCCACCAACUAAUAUACUACACGCUUGUCUCCGCCCUCGCCCUCCUAUGCACCUACGCCACUCUCAGCCCAGUAUUCCGCAAACCGAAAUACCGGCCUUGGCGCACGCUCAUGUACAGCGGUCUGGGCCUCAGCUUCAUCAUUCCGAUUGUGCAUGGCUUAGUAGAAUAUGGGUGGGAAGUGCAAGUUUGGCGGAUGAGUUUGGAUUGGAUGGGGUUAAUGACGGGGUUGAAUUUGGGAGGCGGGAUGGUGUAUGCGAUGAGGAUACCAGAGAAGUGGUACCCGAAGCGUUUUGAUAUAUGGGGCGCAAGUCACCAGAUUAUGCAUUGUUUGGUGGUUUGUGCGGGGGUUGCGCAUUUGCUGGGGUUACUGAGGGCUUUUGAUCAUUUGCAUGGGCAGGAGGGUGUUUGUGGGACGGGAGACUAG